UUAUAUUACUUGCCUCAACAGCCUGUUUAAGACGAUAUGGGGGAUCUUUCCCUACCGUAUUUGGUACCAAACAAUUGCUACCUUAUUCGGUACCAAUUUCCACUCUGGCCCAUGGACUAAUAGAAUACAUAAAUGGCGACACGAGUAAGUCGACUGGCAGCAGGUGGUGGGGUAAAAGUGUGUGGGUAUUUACUACUUCCAAGAUUUGAGGGGUCCUCUAUAGCUCUCGCUAGUGGAGGCCUUUCUGCCAACAGUGGCGUGAGCCAGAUGUUGCAGGGCUGCCUGUAUUUUGUGUAUCUGUGUCGCAAGAACAGUUAUUAUUUUUCUUUAUUAAUAUUUAACCACAGUCUGGCUGCCAUACAUUUGUUUUAUUUUAUUAUUAUUCUGUAUUGUUGAGAACAUUACGACGCACACAUUGCCUAACAACCGUGCAGUCCAGUUUGUUCACAAUGGCUUACUCCUCUAUUCCGAUUCUACCUUCUGUGUUCAUCUACAAAAUCAUCUUCAUCAUCUUCAUCGCAUUCCACGCAUCCGUGUUAUCUCAUCCUCCCCGCUCACUCACCUCUUCCUCCUCUCCCUCCUCAUCUUCCUUCGUUUCCCCGAUGCCACGUGACUUGGCUCACUUCGGUCGAUCCAAACGCCAGGUGUGGCCGUUUAAAUUCGACAUUCUCGGGCUGGCGAGGACGGUCGUUGGCUACGCCAUCAAGUUCGCGUACGAAGACCCGCGGGCUGACCGGUGGCAGCAGGAAUGGCGCAAUUUCGCACACGAGAUGAGAGGUUCCGCAGGCUCCAUACGGCAAUCCCUGCUGUCCCUGCCAUCGCUGCUCGAGCGCAUGGAGGCACGCGGGGAGUGGCUCCACGUGCGCGCCACGCUGCGCUCUCUGCUCUCCCGCCUUCGUGUGUUCCACCAUCCUCUCGCGGAGCUGCAGGGUGCCGGUGGCGCCCUGCACCCCCGCUCCGCCGAGACCUGGGCAGCCAACGCGAUCGACCCCACGUCGGGCAUCUUCGCGGUCCUUCUGGAUCUCAACGCGCUCAUUCUGGACAGCGAUGCCGGCGGCGGCGGCGAUGCCGGCGGCCGUGCGCUGUACACGGCGUACACGCACUCCCUCGCGGCGCGUGGAAACGAGGGGAUCCUGUGUUACGCGGGGACGUCGCGGCUGGGUGCCGUGGCCUCCCUGCAUGUGCUUGUCCAGGGUGCCCGCCUGCAGGCACUCGAGGCACUCAUGGCGGCCUACAACCUCGCGGGGGCGGCUUCGGCGACCAACUUUACGGCGGAAAUGUUGAGAAAGCUCGAGCUGUUCGAGGGAAACACUGCUCAGCAGGAGAUGGCCCUGCGCAGCGCCGCCCGCUCGGCAGAUGACCGGGUCCUUGCGUGCGGUGACGGUGGUGGUGAUAGUAGCGGUAAUGGAGAUAGUGGUAAGACACACACGCUGUUCACAGUCUUCCAAGGCAUCCAGUUGAACGAGGCACGGCUCGGAGAUGGCUCUUGCAUGGCCACGUGCGAGACUUCGCACAGUCAAGUGCUACCCCCUGCCCAGCCACGCGCACGACACUGCGAAGGCAUUCUGCUGGAGUGCCAGGAUUCCUGGGACUACGUUGGUCUCAACCUGGCCCCCAGUGGGGACUGGCGGCGAAUACUGGCCAUGGGGAACAUCUGGGGUCCAAAGGAGUCUGUGGCCGAGAGGUGGGGUCAGAAGACGGCGCGGCUACCUACGUGGGAAGAAGUGAGUGGCGGUGGCAGCUUUGCCGGUGACUAUGCCUACACGAGGUGGUUCUGGCGAUGCCGUCCCUGCUUCUGCAUCUGCGAGGAUCCGUGGAGGAAUACGGCUGAAUUCGACCUUGGGGAGGUGCGAAGCGACACAGAACGAGGGAUGGUGGUGACCGGGGUAGCCAUGCAGGCCUCCACCUUGAUGGAUGAGCGAGGAAGCAGAACACGAGUCCGGCUGGAGGUCAGGCAGGGCCGAGCUCGACCCUUCGGACAUGCUGAACCUUCAGAGCCGCGAUGGAGACGGGCAACUGGCAGUCAUGGAACUAAUUUUGAAACCAGGAGCCGAUCCAACGAUGCGAACGAGCACACACAAUGGAAUGGAACCGAAGCGACCUUGGCGCAAACUUAUUCCGUCUCUCGCGAGCAAAGGAGGGCGACCAUCGACCUCCAGGAUGUGAGAGUCGACCCGGGCUGCGUCCUUACGGGAGUGGCCUUCUUCGAGAGGGGCAGACACCUCGCCCUCAAAGUCCACCAGACCCCGAUCGAGCCGGACACGGGCCAUCUGCGCGCACACGAGGGCCGCUGGAAGGAGCCGCCGCCCACCGUCUGCAGCUUCCCGUCCAUACAGGGACUCGAGCUGCCACCUUCCUGGUCAGAUGGCCACGUGGAGCGGGGCCCGUGCGCCGAAGCCAGCAUGGAAUUCGCGUGGUCAUCCAAGGAGCAGGACGUGGCGCAGAGCACGCUGCCGGCAAUUGACACGAGGCUCGCGGCGCCGGACGAAGACGUGUGGCGAUACGGGGCAGGGUUGCACUACGCAGCGCGGCAGGGGUUUGCGGGGUCCAUUGGGGUCAGUUUGCUCGAUCGGCCAGACUGUGGCGGGGUCAAUGUGGGGUCAGAAUGGACAGAUAGGUUCUCGAGAGGUCGCGGAGAGGACCGCAUUGAGUAGAAAAGUGUGGAGGGUGUGAAGAGGUUUUAGAGUAGUUGGGGGGGGGGGGGGUAUGGGUGAGCAUAGAGAAAAUGGUUGGUGGAUCAUGCAGAGAUUGCUGUCAUUAUGUUGGAAUAAAACAACUAUCGUCAGUCACUCUUUGUCAGCAUCCACCAGUCAUCAUCAAUUCACCAUACUCCUAAAGCCAAUCGCUGAGACUCAACCACCGCCAGUUCACCAAUAGGAACGCUAAACUAACCACACAGCUCACCAACACCACACUUACCAUAAUUAGCAACAAUGUUUUUGGAACGUUUUCCUACGACUAUUAGUAAAUAGCAUUGUUUUUCAGUAGUUACCCCAAGGAAACAGUAUAUUUCUAAAAAGAAAUUAGUCCAAACGCACGUGGGGAAGCGUGAGACUCCACGCACACAUGAUGUUUUCCUUGUUAAUCUGUAUGUUGGACUUCUUUCGCACGGUACGUAGCCAACCGUGCUAAUCUAAAACAAUGUAGCGUUAUGCUGUGCAUCAGUGCGCUUAGCACGCGUGUGGGUGUUACAGCACGCGUGUUGUCAUGUGUGCACGUUUGCACAUUUCUGUGCGUAGACUUUAAGGUGUACUCAAACCCCGUAACAAAAACGUGAGACUCGUUCGAUAGACUGCUAUAAAACAACGGUUUUAUUAACAGCUUCGUUUAACUCACGGUCGAGAAGUACGUCAGUGGCGCCUGAGACACGCGG